UGGACAAGUAUGUUCAGGAAUUUCAGUAACUUCUGGGAACCACAUUGACCAGUGGAAAGCUAACCAAAGAUGAUGCAGUACUUGAAAAUUGCAGCAGUCAUCUUAGCAUGUUCAAUUCUGCUGACUCAGACACACUGUGCUGCAGUGCAUCGGCAAAGCUCUGAGCUGACAAGGCUUAAGAGAAUGACACCUUUCUGGAGAGGCGUCACAAGGCCAGUUGGAGCACCAUGCAGGGAUGACAGUGAAUGCUUCAGCAGACUAUGCAGGAGUAAACGCUGUUCUGUAACAAUAUCAGAAGAGUGAUUCUUCACAGUGGAGAAGAAAAUACUGAUGCUUCUUUUGACAAUGUUCCUUUUUGUUUAUUUAUUAGCACCUCCCUUGAACCAUUUGCAUAUAUUUAAUGUUUUUCAAUUAAAGCUUCCAUUUGGACAGAUGCCAGAAACUCAUGCUAUUUUAGGCUAUACCUUUGACAGCCUUUAGCCAAUCUGAAGUAGCUUAAAUUGAUCUUAGUUUUUAUACUUUGUAUUUCACUUUUUUAUCAAGACAUUAAAGAUAUGUUUAAACAACUA